ACGCCCAGUUUCAUAAAAUAUUUCAUCCAACCAAGUCUUAUCAACUUUGUAUAAACAAAUUUGAAUCCUAGAUAAAAUGGAAGUUUUCCAAUUUUCAAAAUUUUCAAAAUUAUCCAUCAUAUUUUUAUUUUCUGUCCUAUAUGUCCACUCCGCCCUAGGAAGAAUCCCGAUAUCCUACAGCGUUCUCCCAAUCACGGAAAGUUUAACCUUCAUCGCGGCUGAGACAACGUUGCAAUUUAACGAUUCUUGCAAAUGGGGAGACGAACUAAAGCAACGCGACGGAUUUCGAAAGAUACAGAAUUUGACGAUGGGCAGUGACGAGGAGCAGGUCAUUCUGCACGAAUCCAUAAAACAAACGGAACAACAGGGCGUCUUUUUUUGCGGAGAUGUCCGAAUGCUUGUCUGCAACCAGGAGACAAGUAGAUGCGUUUGUGGACAGACCCAGGCAGCGGUCGUUCAAGGCGACGCCUACAAGCCUUCGGCCUAUAUCACGGAACAGGACGGCAAUGGCGAAACGGUGUGUCGAUGGGGCGAAUCGACGCAUUGUAUCCCACCUGGAAACAAGUACAACGAGGGCCUUAAUUUCUACAAUGUCGAGCUGCCCCCACUCCAAUGUGCUCACGGAUUGGAAUGUUUAUCCUCGAAGGAUGGUGUCAAAUGCAGUAAUGAAACGGUGAAAGGAUACUUUGAAGAUAAAUUUGGUAAGGAAAAUAAACCCGUGACGAACGGACUGCUCUGGGAAGAAUUGUUGUCCGGAAAGAUUUGCACGUGCGGAAAAUUAAAAACAACAUAAUUUUCAAAAACUGAAAUUGAUGGAAAUAAAAAAAGUUUAUUAAUAUAAAUAA